AUGCAUGGGCCUCCAUUUCCUGAUGGAGCGAAGUCAAAAGUCAACAAAGCCCAAAACACAAUCGGCCGUUACCAACCAAACCCACUAAAACGGCCUCGUUCUCUAUCUUCAGCUUCCCACUCCUCUCUCUGUCACUCACUACGCAGCAGUCGUCGCGCCCAGAGACUCACCACACUGACCAACUUUCCAACGCUUUCAGUACGUUCUUCCUCUCGAUCUGAAACCCUAGCGUCUUCCAGAUCGCGUAUGGCUACCAGAAACCUCGGGGCAUUUCUGGUGCUGAUUUUGGCGAUUACGAUCUGCGAAGCUGCUUCCGUCUUCCAGCCGAUCUCUGACUCUCACCGAUCCGCGGCCUCUGAGCUCUUCACAGCCAACGAUGGAUCCUUCGGGAGUUUAGAAGAGGCAUAUGAAGCCCUAAGAUCGUUUGAGAUUCUUGGGAUUGAUAAAAAGUCUGAUAUACGCACCGCUACUUGUCAGUCCGUUGUGGACACACUUGGGUCAUCGUCUUCUGCCCCAAAGGAUUUGCUUUAUGCCUUAAAGGUUAACAGCAUUUUGAAAUGCAAGGUUAACGAUAAGAUAUUUGAGGGCAUUGCUGCAAGACUUAAAGCUAUUGCCAAUACUGCAAGUUCAUUGCUCGACUUCUACCACUCAAUCGGAAGCUUGGUACUUAUUAAGGAUCAAAGUUCUGAAGUUGAUGUACUUCUUGCUGAUGCUGUUGGAAUUUUCCAUUCUAUCAAGUCUCUGAGCCAGAGUGAUGGAAGGUGGCGUUUUAGUUCUGAUAAUCCCGAGUCUAGUACCUAUGCUGCUGGAUUAGCACUUGAAGCGCUUUCGGGGGUUGUCUCAUUAGCAUCUUCCGAAAUUGAUCAGUCCAAGAUCGGUACAUUGAAAAGUGAUAUUUUGAAGCUUUUUGACAGUGUUGAGAAAUAUGAUGAUGGGGCCAUGUACUUUGAUGAAAAAGUUGUUGAUCUGCGUGAGCGUCAGAGUCCUCUUUCAACUACUGCGUCAGUUGUUCGAGGACUGACAGCAUUUGCAGCUGUGACAUCUGGAAACAUAAAGGUUCCAGGGGACAAAAUAUUGGGUCUGGCAAAAUUCUUCCUUGGAAUUGGCAUUCCCGGCAAAGCUAAAGACUUCUUCAACCAAGUGGACUCAUUAGCUUCUUUGGAAAGCAAUAAGGUUGCAAUCCCACUGAUUUUAUCACUUCCAGCUACAGUGCUUUCAUUGACCAAAAAAGACCAGCUCCAGGUUAAAGUGAAUACUGUGCUUGGUUCAAGUGCACCUCCUCUGACAGUUAAGUUGGUGCGAGCAUUGAGUUCUGGUUCGAAAGUUGCUUCCACAAUUGAAAGCCAGGAACUCAAGUUUGACAAAGAAAGUGAAUCCCAUUUCUUGGAUGUGCCAAAAAGUGUCGAUGUUGGAAAUUACAUAUUUGUCUUUGAGGUUGUUCUGCAUGAUUCUGAAGAUGAAAAGGUUUAUGCAACUGGAGGCUCUACUCAAGUGCAGAUAUUUGUCACAGGAGUUAUCAAAAUUGAAAAUGCAGAGAUUGUUGUACUGGAUAGUGAUGUCGGGAGCAUAGAAACCCAGAAAAAACUAGAUUUAGCUGGAGAAAAUUCACUUGCACUAUCGGCAAACCACCUCCAAAAGCUGCGCCUAUCCUUUCAAUUGACCACUCCUUUUGGAAAUGCUUUUAAGCCACAUCAGGUAUUUUUGAAGUUGAGACAUGAGACCAAGGUUGAGCAUAUCUUUGUGGUGGGGAACUCUGGCAAAAAGUUUGAGAUAAUACUGGAUUUUCUUGGAUUGGUUGAGAAGUUUUACUAUCUUUCAGGUAGUUAUGACAUUCAAUUAACUGUUGGUGACGCUGUAAUGGAAAACUCUUUCUUCCGGGCUAUUGGCCACAUUGAUUUGGAUCUACCAGAAGCACCUGAAAAGGCAUCCCGCCCUCCUACGCCGGCCAUUGAUCCUUACUCAAAAUAUGGCCCCAAAGCAGAGAUAAGCCAUAUCUUUAGGGUUCCAGAAAAGCGUCCUUCUCAAGAGCUCUCUCUUAUUUUCUUGGGUCUUGUGUUUUUGCCACUGAUUGGAUUUUUGGUUGGGCUAUUACGCUUAGGGGUGAAUCUGAAGAACUUCCCUACUUCAGCAAUACCAGCCACCUUUGGUAUCCUAUUCCAUGUCGGCAUUGCAGCAGUUCUUUUGCUCUAUGUGCUUUUCUGGUUGAAGCUGGAUCUAUUUACGACACUGAAAUGGGUUGGACUGUUGGGAGUUUUCUUGCUGUUUGUGGGACACAGGAUUCUUUCCCAUCAGGCCUCUACAUCAGCCAAGUUGAAAUCUGCUUGA